AUGCCGGGAACGGAGGAAGCGCUGGAAGCUUACAAGCUUGAGGAGAAGCGAAGGCAGGAGGAAGGAAGGAAAGAUGAAGACACAGAUGGACGAUCGCAAGAGGAGAAGAUCGAGUGGCUCAGAUCUCGUGGUGUUGUCAUUGAGACUCCCGAGGACCGUCGCAAAGCAGCUGCGCAACAGAAACAAAAUCUCGAGGAUCCCGCUCCUGGAAAGAGGAUAAGUUUCAAGUAUGUCAAGGUACCAGCAGACCCGAAUCUCCCAUGUGAAGAGAUUCAAGGCGAGGGGCCGGAAGCGCGAGACAACUUUCUCACCAUGCUCAAGUCGGUCUUUGCUGGAGGAAAGAUCGACGCCACUGCCGCGCAGCGAGCAGCGGCGCAGCACCUGGGAGCAAGCGCGCAGCCUCUGGGAUCCGAAGGCCUCUCGACGCUCGACCAGGCAGCGAGUGAGGGUGUGGUCGAGACUUUUGCUCUUGUGCGACCUGCCAAGAGCAACAGCCAUUGUGGGGUUUACAUCUACUUGGACGAGGUGGGACUGCUGAAACAGCUUCCCAAGAACGAGAGGGCAUGUGGAAUUGCGAAGUCCUGCGGGUUCGACAACGCGGAAUUUUACGGAGAUGUCUUCAUCGGUCGCACGCAGGUUCAGCCAGCUCCCAUGCGCAACGUCGACUUUCCCUUGUCCGACAUCGACUCGGCUGCCCCUUGGCUGAGGCGAGCGGCGACGGAGAACUACGAGUACGGGCUUGCGAUGCGGGAGGUGAAGGACGCGCUCGAGGCCAAGGGGGUGCAGCAGACGGUCAACGAUGACGACGAGCAUGACUGCGGCGGAUACAAGUGGUCUCAGGACAGUGAAAGCGUCGAGAUUCUGCUGGAGGUCCCCCAGGCUGCCUCGAGCAAGGAUGUCAAAGUCAAGUUCUCGUCGCAGAAGGUGACGACCACGGUCAAGGGCGAGGAGGUCCUCAGCUUAGACUUGUUUGACAAGAUCCGGCCCGACGAAUGCAACUGGACCUUCUCCAAGGCAACAGCUCUGAUGAAAGUCUCUUGCUGA